AUGAGGAUGCAGCUCUUCUGGCCCCAGUCCAUGGAACUGCUUUUGGGAACCACUGGCCUACAGGCGGAGGCGAAGCAGGCGGUGGAUGAGAUGUUUUCCGAGGGUGCCGGGCCCUACGUGGAUCUGGACGAGGCAGGAGGCAGCACAGGGCUCCUGAUGGACUUGGCAACCAAUGAAAAGGCAGUUCAUGCAGACUUUUUUAAUGAUUCUGAAAAUCUCUUUGAUGAUGAUGAUAUCCAGUGA